CUCCACCAAGUCAACCCUCAGCUUGUCCUUAACCUACUGUUAACCAGCACAAUUGACAGAGACAGAGACUAUUUGCUUAGGCAGUAAGUGAUAUACGAGUUAUUUAGCCAAUUUACGAUCAAAGUUACGAUAACGAGCUUUCUUAUGAUUAAUUUUAUGGUUUAAGAAUGGAUGCAAAUGAUAAACACGAGUCUGAACAGCCCAGUCUAGAAAGCAGUGGCAUGGAGCUGGAUGAGUCGUCGGAAGCCGCUCUCCGUGCAGAUGAUUUCGAUGAAAUUUACAAUACGCUAGUGGACGAGCAGCCUGAAUUAGAGGAGGAGACGCAUGGACACUAUACUUGGCUAAUUGAGAAUUGGGACCAGCUUGAGGAGAAAGUUUACAGCCCCAUAUUUACUAUUGGUGAAACCAACUGGCGGAUUUUGCUCUUUCCAAAGGGCUGCAACCAAGGAGAGUACACAUCCGUCUUUCUUGAGUACCUUGCCCCUGCUAAGGUUGCUAUGAUUGAACAAGCCGAAGCUGAAAAGAAACGUUUUGGCUCCACUAAAAUCGACCCUGAAAAUUAUGUAGACGAAACAUACGCCCUGUGUGCGCAAUUCGCUCUUAUAUUAUCCAACGCGGAUGAUCCUACGGUGCUUCAGUUGAAUACGUCGCAUCACCGUUUCCGUACGGAAGUAAAAGAUUGGGGCUUCACAAGAUUCAUUGAUCUGCGAAAGUUGACACAGCCUUCAGCAGCGUACGCCCGUCCGUUCUUAGAGAAUAAUCGCAUUUGCGUUUCUGCCUGCAUUCGUGUCAUGCAGGAUCCUACUGGUGUUUUGUGGCACUCUUUCGUUAACUAUAACUCCAAAAAGGAAACAGGUUUUGUUGGUUUAAAGAACCAGGGGGCCACUUGUUACAUGAAUUCCCUGUUACAGUCUCUAUACUUUACCAAUGUUUUUCGACGCACCGUCUUUACGAUCCCCACGCAAAACGACUCGCCCACUGAUAGUGUGGCAUAUGCCCUCCAACGGUGUUUCUAUAAUCUGCAACAUGAGAGCGAGCCCGUGAGCACUACGGAGUUGACACAAUCUUUUGGAUGGAAUUCUUUUGACUCGUUUAUGCAACACGAUGUGCAAGAAUUUAAUCGUGUGCUGCAAGACAAUUUGGAAAAGAAGAUGAAAGGUACUCCCGUAGAUUCUGCACUCAACGAUAUUUUUGUCGGAAAAAUCAAAAGCUAUAUCAAGUGUAUUGAUGUGGAUUAUGAAUCUUCUAGAGUUGAAGACUUUUGGGACGUUCAGCUGAAUGUUAAAGGCAUGAAGAACUUGGAAGAAUCUUUCCGUGAUGCCAUUCAAGUGGAGACGCUGACUGGUGACAACAAAUAUUAUGCAGAAGGUCAUGGAUUACAGGAUGCCCACAAGGGAAUGUUAUUUGAGUCUUUCCCUGAUGUCUUACAAUUGCAAUUAAAACGGUUUGAUUAUGAUAUGAUGCGCGACAUGAUGGUUAAGAUAAAUGACCGACAUGAAUUCCCGUUAGAAAUUGACUUGGAGCCCUAUCUUUCUGAGUCCGCCGAUAAAUCCGAGUCUCACGUCUAUGCUUUACAUGGUGUCCUUGUUCAUGGCGGUGAUUUGCACGGUGGUCAUUACUACGCUUUGAUUAAACCAACUGCGGACAGCGGCUGGUUUAAAUUUGAUGAUGAUCGUGUAACAAGAGCUACACUGAAAGAGGUCUUGGAAGAUAACUUUGGUGGUGAAGCUAAGGUUCGUCACAAAAACUAUAUCGGAAACCCGUUCAAACGGUUCAUGAAUGCCUACAUGCUUGUCUAUUUCCGCAAAAGUAGACUGGAGAAAAUUCUUGCUCCAAUUACGGAUGAAGAUGUACCUGCUCAUGUCAGCGAGGGGGUAAAAGAAGAGAGAAAGCGUCUUGAACAAAAAGCACGUGAACGUGAGCAACAACAUUUAUAUCGCCGUUUGUUCGCUUUAUCGUCUGAUUCCUUUCGAGCUAAUCAUGGUUUUGACGUUGUUGACUUUAGUGACCCUGCUGGUUUAGACGAACACAAAGUUGUCCCAACUAAGAUUCCCAAGACGGCGACAGUACAUGACUUGAAGGUCCAUUUGGCAGAAUUAUUUGAACGCGAUCCUUCUCGUAUCCGUUUAUGGAUCAUGAACACAAGACAAAAUCGUACUGUGCGGCCCGAUAUUCUGCUUGAAGAUGAGUCGGAAAAUGUUGAAAAAUUACGUGAAAUCCAUCUUCACAAGCAAAUGGAUCUUCGUAUAUAUGUAGAGGACAUUGAUACAACAAAUGAGGAUAAGUCCGAAGUUGAAUCUAAUGAAGAAGAAUCCGAAUCAGAAAAGGAGGAAUGCUUGCUGUUCUUGAAGUACUUUGACCGAGAAAAACAAAUGAUUUCAGGAAUUUCAACCUGCGUUGUGGAUCGAACAGCAGAAAUUUCAAUCUUAAAUUCAAAGGUUAAGAAAUUAAUGGAUUGGCCUGACGACACUCGAAUUAACUUCUAUGAAGAGGUUAAGAAGUCCAUGGUCGAAAAACUUUCGCCGGAGCUUUCUUUUGAAACAGCGGAUAUACAAGACGGAGACAUUAUCUGUUUUGAAAUUGCUGACGAAGACGAAGACGAAGAUGAAGAUGAAGACGAAGACCAAGAGCAGGAAACUGAAACUGAAGUUGCUGAAGAAGAUGAAGGAAACGAUACUCUUGACGUGUCUUCUAAAGCCAUUUCGCAGCAUUCUUGCAAGAACGCUCUCGAGUACUAUGACUUUUUGUCGCAUCGGCUGACUGUUACUUUUCUUCCGAAGGAUUACGAUGAGACAAAAUCUCCGGACAAUCUGGAUGGAUGUUUUAAGAAAGUCAUCUCAAGUCAGUAUACGUACGCCGAGUUGGCCGCUCUUGCUGCUAAAGAACUCAAUGUUCGGCCUGAGUAUCUACGUUUUACCACGACGAACUAUCCUUCGGGAACUCCAAGAGCUGAGAUUAAAUACUUCCCAGACCUUGUGUUACGUAGUGUGCUGACAAGCGCUGCCAUUAACAACCAGUAUACCACAAUUCUUUAUGAAGUUUUAGAAAUCCCACUUUCUGAACUGGAAUUGAAAACUCAUAUGACCAUUGAUUUUCUCUCUGAUGGAAUAAGCAAGGAUGAGCGCCUUCAAUUUUAUGUAAAUCAAGAUGGCACUGUCGAAGAUAUUCUUUCAUACGUUGCCGAAAAGCUACUUUUGGAUGAAAAGCAAGCUGGGUUACUAUGCUUGUACGAGGUUUACAAUCACCGUAUUUUGAAAGUUCAUUCCAAUCUUGAUAGCAUAAGCGACCUCAACGAGUUCUCAACGAAAUUUGUCGAAAUCCUUCCCGAGGAUUACUUUACAGACUCAGAGGGUAAUAUGACAAUUGCCGUUCAACAUUUCCACCGCGAUGUUGCAAGAGCUCAUGGAAUUCCUUUCCUCUUUAAGAUUUUCAAGGGCGAAAACGUUGCUUCGAUAAAGAAACGUCUUCAGGAACGGACUCACCUUCCUUCUGUUUUACUGGCAAAAGCACGGGUUGCUAUUCUCCAAGCUAAUACGUUGUCCCAACCGUACUACUUGGAGGAGGAUGCGGAAAUCCCCUUUGACGAACUGGACUCAAGUUUACACGUCCUUGGUUUGGAUUAUCCGGGACGUUCUACGUACAAGACUUAUGGUAACGAGCAGGCCAUUCAUAUGAAAUAGGGCGAAAAAGCACUUUGAAAAUGAUUUAUAUACUGCUUCUCCGCUUUCGUUAUAUACGUAUACGAGCAGCAGCUGAUUCAGUAUAAUUUUAAGGCGUUACUGUUUCACUGAUGUUCGAUGUGACACAGCUUUCCUCAGUAUACCCAUCUAUUUAAUUCACGAAGUCUCGACUGUUCGUUAUGAGCAGAUUUUCGUGUUGGUGCUUGCAUAGUGCCUUAUUGUUUGUAAAUCAACCUUUUUCAACACGCAUAAACUCCAUCACUUGGAUGAUAUUUAUAUGGCUUGUACAAAAAGACAUUUACAGCAUUACUGUUUCUAUUAGUACUUUCUUUUGUUGUUCAUUUAGAUAGCCUUUUAUGAAGCCGAAUAGUUAUUCAAACUAGUUUUUCCUUGUAAACCAUUGCCACAAGAAGUAUCAAAACCAGAUAUACAAUAAUCAACGUUUCUGCUCAUUUCUAUAGCACAAACACAUGUACAGAUGUACACACAAACUGUGGU